AUGGAAAUGUACUGCAGUCAAGGGGUCGGUUCUUAUACCUGUGUUUGUCGUGAUGGCUUUAUAUUGUCUGAUGCUGACUACUGCGCCCCUUGCCCUCCGUUCACACACGGACAGAACUGUUCCAGGACAUGCGACUGUGCAUUGUUCAACACACUCUACUGUGAAGGGGGCGUUUGUGUGUGCAAACCAGGAGUGGGCGGUCGUAAAUGCGAUGAAUCAACUGAUGAAUGUUUGGGAGUUGUCUGCCCCGAAGGUACCCACUGUGUGGAUAAAUACAGAGGCUAUGAGUGCCUAUGUAUGCCCGGAUACAGGCUCAUCGGAGGCACGUGUGAAGAAAUCACCAUCACCGCUGUAACACUGGAGUCACAACCUGGUGUUGGAGAACUAGUUGAUAUUUACAUCCUGUACAAGCUGCCAAACAUAUAUUUCACCCAACAGUCGAGUCUGCCGGAUUUUGUAUACACGCUUCAGACUCAAGAGCCUCAAAAACGGAUCUGUCAGUUCAGCUUGAAAGAUACAUACAAGAUCGUCACCGGGAGUGAGCAGUUCUUCAGUAAACUAAAG